AGACAACAGCUCAGCUCAGAGGAAGACAUGGUGUCAAUCAAAGCCACAGUGAUGGGGAUCACGAUCCUCGCCGUUUGUCUACUGGCCACAAACGCAUCUGCAGUGCGCCAUGGAUGCUGUCGAAAUUACAUGGCACUCAAAAUACCAUUUGCUAACAUCAAGGGUUACUCGGUCCAGACUGUCACAGAGCUGUGUCCUAUCAAUGCCAUCAUUUUCCACACAAAGAGGGGUCAAGCAUGCACCAAUCCUGCUUUACACUGGGUGAUGGACUAUAUCAACCGCUUAAGGAGUAAAGCACAAUUGGUUCACAUCAAGACCGCACAAGCGCAGGAAUAAAGCUAUUCUGCUUUUUGAAGAGGGCCCGACCAGUUUUUCUGCCUGUUAUCCAGUAACCAGUGAACGCUUCAGUGAACUCCCGUUUGAAGCUAAUUUAAAAAGAAAAAAAGUAACAGGCAUCAGCUCA